UUGUCAUAUUAUCGUAUUUUAAAAUGCACGAACAUCACAAACAAACAUGGAUAGAAUUAAUCGAAAAUUACAGGAAAUUGGCACUGUUAUGGGAUCGUAAGCACAAAGACUAUUCGAACCGGCAUUUGCGAGAGGAAGCCUUUGAAAAAUUGCUCAAAAUAUACAAAAGAAUUGAUAGCAAAGCCACUUCGUUAAACUUUAAGAAUAAACUUGAUAUUAUGAGAACUACAUACAACAGAGAGAGAAAAAGGAUGAACGGGUGUAAAGUAGAGGGAGUAGUAUAUACGCCAAAUUUAUGGUAUUUCAAUCAUCUCAGUUUCCUUGAUAAGGCACUGGAGACGCUGGAGGAGAAAGAAACAUAUUUUCACUUCAAUAGGUACAAUAACAAGAUAUAUUUGGAGACGUCCCCGUUGAAAAGGAAACGGGUCGAUAUUAAUAGUUCAAGUACACCGAAAUCGCAGGCUGAGGUUGUCAAAUCAGAAUAUUAUCUAAAUAUAGAGCCUAUUCAGUCUUCUGAAGAGGAAAACACCCAAAAAACACCACCACCACUACCAAACCGACUUCGUAUCAAGGUUGAAUCACCACGCAUCAAGAACACAUUUAGCUUGCGGGACUUGGAGAACAAAAAGAGUCGAAUGUCACCGGAUAACCGGCUCCGGGAUCUCCUAGAAAAGCAAGAACACUUUGUAGGCACCGUCAGCAAAAUGCUCACUAAGGAACAAGAAGAUUGGGAGGUUAUAGGCAAAUCUAUAGGCCUACAGCUAUCUAGUUUAGAAGAAAAACAAAGAGCUAUCGCUAGAAAGUUGAUAAAUGAUGUGAUUUUCUUCGGGAGUAUGGACAAAUUGACUGUUGAGUCGUACAUCAAUGUAAAUGAAAAGAUGCCAGAUAAUGAGAUAGAACAUGUUAUAUGUUGA